AUAUAAAUGAAACACAAAACUGAAGCCCAUGGCCUACACAUUAACAUAACACAUCCUCUCCUCUGUUUCCAUCAUCAUAUCAUCCCCUUGAGAAGAAGAGAGAGAGAGAGAGAGAGCAUCAGCAGCAAACAUAAAAGAAGAACAAGAAAACAAAACAAUCCCUAAUAUCAUAAUAAAAUAAAAUUAUAGGUCUUCGACUCUCUCGAAGGCCGAUAUACAACAAAUAUUAGGGUUGAAUAUUGCUCUUGAUUGAAAUUCUAAGACACUGAACAAAAAACAAUGGGAAAUCGUGGGCAAAAGCGGACAGAAGUGAUUGAUGAAUUGCCGGCAGAUAAGAGGGCUUGUAGUUCAUUGGAGUUUAGACCAAGUUCGUCGAACUCAUCAAUUCAAACUCACGUUAAUUCCCCAAAUUCCACACCUGAAACCCAUGAAGCUGAUAUGGAUACUUCAUCCUCUGGUUCAGCUUCAAGCCAUUCAGAGGAGGAGGAGCAUGAGAGAGAUUCAGCUUAUGGAUCAUGUGAUUCUGAUGAUGCAAUACCAAGACACAGCAGUUUGCGCAAUUUCCAGAGGCAUAGAUCACUCGGGGAUCAUGGCAGACUGAGGAAUGCUUUAUCCAAUUUGAGCGAGGGGACUGAGCCUUCAGGGCAAUUAGCUGCUCUUACAGAUUUGUGUGAGGUCCUGUCAUUCUGUACUGACGAUUCUCUUUCAAGUAUGAUGGCAGACACAUUAUCCCCAGUUCUUGUUCGGCUUGCAAGGCAUGAGAGCAACCCAGAUGUUAUGUUGUUGGCUAUAAGAGCUUUAACUUAUCUAUGUGAUGCAUGUCCUCGAGCGUCUAGUUAUCUUGUUAGACAUGAUGCAGUUCCUGUUCUUUGUGAAAGAUUAAUGGCCAUUGAGUACUUAGAUGUGGCUGAACAGUGCUUGCAAGCAUUGGAGAAAAUAUCUCGGGAACAGCCACUGCCAUGCUUACAGGCUGGGGCAAUUAUGGCUGUUCUAAGUUUUAUAGACUUCUUCUCCACUAGUGUACAAAGAGUCUCACUUUCAACAGUGGUUAAUAUAUGUAAGAAGCUGCCAACUGAAUGCCCUUCUCCUUUCAUGGAGGCUGUUCCAACAUUAUGCAAUAUUUUACAAUAUGAGGAUCGACAGCUUGUUGAAAGUGUUGUUAUUUGCUUGAUGAAAAUAGCAGAGCGAGUCAGUCAGUCUUCUGAAAUGAUGGAUGAAUUUUGUAAACAUGGGCUAAUUGAUCAAGCUGCACAUCUAAUACACUUGAAUAGCCGAACCACUCUAUCCCAACCGAUAUACAAUGGUUUGAUUGGCCUACUUGUCAAACUUUCUUCUGGUUCAAUUGUUGCUUUCAGGUCUUUCCAUGAGCUUAAUAUAAGCAGCACUUUGAAGGAUAUAUUAGCUACUUAUGAUGUCUCUCAUGGAAUGUCUUCCCUCCAUACAGUAGAUGGCCAGAGCAACCAGGUAAAUGAAGUUCUGAAGUUGCUAAAUGAGCUUCUGCCUCAAGUAGUAAAGGAUCAAGAUGUUCAACAAGAAGCGUCAGAUAAAGAAUCAUUUUUAGUUAAUCACCCUGAUCUUUUGCUCAAGUUUGGGUCUGAUAUACUACCUAUGUUGGUCCAGGUUGUUAAUUCUGGUGCAAAUAUAUAUGUUUGCUAUGGCUGCCUAUCUGUUAUCAAAAAGUUGGUUAGUUUCAGCAAAUCUGACAUGCUUGUUGAAUUACUUAAGACUGCAAACAUUUCAAGUUUCUUGGCUGGUGUUUUUACACGGAAGGAUCACCAUGUGCUAAUAUUGGCACUGCAAAUUGCUGAGGUUAUAUUGCAGAGAUUCUCAGAUGUUUUUUUGAACUCUUUCAUUAAGGAGGGUGUGUUUUUUGCCAUUGAUGCCCUUAUGACGCCAGAAAAAUGUUCGCAUUCAAUGUUCCUAUCGUGUAAUGGCAUCCAGCUACCACCUGAGUCCAGUCAAAAGCUUGCUUCAAAGGCUGUCCUAAAAUGCUUAUGCUAUGCAUUUGAUACUGGUCAGUCUCCGAUAUCCUUAGAAACAGCAGCAUGCAAGAUUGAAAAGGAUAGUGUUCAAAGUCUUGCAGAGCAUAUAAGUGUCACUUACUUUGCUCCAGAACUCUGCAACUCUGAGAAUGGAUUGACAGAUAUCCUUCAAAAGCUCAGAGCUCUUUCUGCUUCAUUGGGUGAUCUGAUGAAUAUGCCUGUAGCUGUUGAUGCUUCCAGCCAAGAUGAGGAAAAGUUUGAUUGCUUAUUACGUCAAAUCAUGGAAACACUUAAUGGAAGAGAAACUGUUUCCACUUUUGAAUUUAUUGAAAGUGGAAUCGUGAAAUCAUUAGUAAAUUACAUAUCAAAUGGUCAAUAUCUAAGAGAAAAGGUAGAACUUCAUGAUAGGCGUGCCCAUUAUCAUGCUGUAGAAAAAAGAUUUCAGGUGUUUGCUAGGCUCUUUUCGUCUUAUUCAAGCCUUGCUGGAGAGUUGCCUGUGUCAGUUUUAGUAAGAAAAUUGCAAAGUGCAUUAUCUUCUCUGGAAAAUUUCCCUGUUAUUUUGACCCAUUUGUCCAAGCAAAGAAACUGGUUUGCUACUGUUCCUAAUGGACAUUGCAUCUCUCACCCAUGCCUGAAAGUUCGUUUCUUGAGGGGAGAAGGGGAGACAUGCCUUUCUGACUACUCUGAUGAUGCUAUCACUGUUGACCCUUUUUCUUCCUUGGAUGCUGUUGAAGGAUUUUUGUUGCCUAGAGUUAGAAUAGAAAGAACCAAAGAAACAGAAAUAGCUGCGCAGGUGGUGGAUCCGAUUGAAAGUGUAUCUUUUCAAAUUCCUUCAAAUGUGAACUCUGGCCAAGAUGAAGUUUCAGGUCCUCGGCAACCUGGCAGCAUGUCUACCGAUUUGCCUGAGAUAAAGGAAGAUGAGGCUAAUUUAUCAGUGUCAUCACUGGAGCAAGCAGGAAAUUUUCAGAAGGGAAAUCCUGGUGAAAAACCAUCUUCAAGUGAUACCAACAUUGUAGUGCAAUUUCCUCCUGGGGCAGACAUCAGCAGAAAAAGUCAACAUCGUUCAUCCUCUAGCAAAGAAUAUACUUCACCAAAAUUGGCAUUUUAUCUAGAAGGAAAAGAGUUGGACCGGACUUUGACAUUGUAUCAGGCGAUUAUCCAGCAGAAAAUUAAGGCUGACCAUGAAAUUAAUACUGGAGCAAAGCUGUGGUGUCGAGUGUACACACUCACCUAUAGAAUAGCUGCUGAAUGUAAAGAUGAUAAUCCUGAAGAAUGUCAUAAUUUAGCUCAAAAUUCCUCUGUCUCGGAUAUGAUUGAGGCUUCUAUGCACUGCGGUUCUUUUUUCACCAGCAUAUUUAAUCGUGAACUUGCUUCGAACUUGGAUAAGUCAAGUCCUACUUAUGAUGUAUUAUUCAUGCUUAAAAGUUUAGAAGGCUUGAACAGGUUUACAUUUCACCUAAUGUCUCGUGAAAGAAUACAUGCAUUUUCUGCGGGGCUAAUUGAUAACUUGGAUAAUUUAGAAGUAGCAGUUCAUUCAGUCUCACAGAAUGAGUUUGUGAGCAGUAAGUUAACAGAGAAACUGGAACAGCAGAUGCGAGACUCUUUUGCUGCCGUAGGUGGCAUGCCAUUGUGGUGCAGUCAGCUUAUGGCUUCAUGCCCCUUUUUGUUUAGUUUUGAGGCAAGAUGUAAAUACUUCCGGCUGUCAGCAUUUGGCACUCAGCAAAUUCAGCCAGAGUCACCAGCGCUUAAUAAUUCAGGAGUUCGGACCAAUUCAGGCAGUCUGCCACGUAAGAAGUUUGUUGUUUGGCGUGACCGGAUUAUGGAGUCUGCUUCCCAGAUGAUGGACCUUUAUGCUGGUGUUAAAGUGCCCAUUGAAGUGGUAUACAAUGAAGAAGUUGGAAGUGGUCUUGGUCCAACACUGGAAUUUUAUACCCUGGUCAGUCAUGAGUUUCAGAAGUCUGGCCUUGGCAUAUGGAGAGAUGAUAGUAGUUUAUUUGCAGACCGGAAAGAUUUACAUACCGAGGAUGCUGGAAUUGUGAUGUCUCCUUUUGGCCUUUUUCCUUGCCCCUGGUCAUCAACAUUAGAUACAUCUGAUGGAAUACAGUUUUCUGAAGUUAUAAAGAAGUUUUUCCUAAUGGGUCAACUGGUAGCAAAGGCUCUUCAAGAUGGAAGAGUCUUGGAUCUGCCAUUCUCCAAAGCCUUCUAUAAGCUCAUUCUUCAGCAGGAACUUAAUCUGUACGACAUUCAGUCAUUCGAUCCUGGGCUGGGAAAGACACUGAUAGAGUUUCAGGCUGUGGUUAAUAGGAAAAAGUUUUUGGGAUUAGCUUUAGGAGAAAACUCAUGUUCUAACUUUGAUGCAUACUUUCGGAAUACCAGAAUUGAGGAUCUCUUUCUUGACUUUACUCUUCCUGGGUAUCCUGAUUACAUUCUACACCAAGAUUGCAAAAUGGUAAAUAUGGAUAAUUUAGAAGAGUAUAUUUCUCUGGUUGUGGAUGCUACUAUAAAUGCUGGAAUUUCCAGACAAGUUGAAGCUUUCAAGUCGGGAUUUAAUCAGGUUUUUCCAAUUAAGCAUCUUCAGGUUUUCACUGUGGAAGAACUGGAGCGAUUGCUAUGUGGCGAACAUGAUUUUUGGGUUUAUAAUGAGCUUUUCGAUCAUAUCAAGUUUGAUCAUGGAUACACUGCUAGCAGUCCUCCUAUCACUAAUUUACUGGAAAUCAUGCAAGGGUUUAAUCAAGAAGAGCAGCGAGCAUUUCUGCAAUUUGUAACUGGGGCACCUCGGCUUCCUCCAGGAGGUCUGGCAUCUUUGAAUCCAAAAUUGACAAUUGUCCGGAAGCAUUGUAGCAACUGCGUGGAUGCAGACCUACCUAGCGUGAUGACCUGUGCCAAUUAUCUGAAGUUGCCACCUUACUCUUCAAAAGAAAAAAUGAAAGAGAAGCUUUUAUAUGCCAUAACAGAAGGACAAGGCUCAUUCCACCUUUCAUAGCUUCACUGCGGCAUAGAUUGUGAAUAUGUAAUUAUUUAGGUUAGGUUCUUUUGUACAGGGAGAAAAAUGAAUGCCUGGAUACUGCUGGUGGAAUUCAUGAGUAGGAAAAGGGAGCUGAUUGUAAUGAAACAAGAGGAAGCUCCUCAUCUUCACUGACAAGUCAUUGAUGCGACGUGUGUAUAUACGGUAUAUAAGGUGCAGGCACGGGUAGUUGAUUUAAAAAAGUUGGGAAGCUGUACAGUAGGAAAGAUGGGGAUUUCAAAUGGUUUUCCGACAUUUCAUGUAUAGAAUCAUUGUGCAUACAGAUUCCUUUGCCAUAGAAUUAGUUGCUUUUUCUCGUGUCUUUUUUCUGAUAGAAGUGGAAAACAGUCUUGGAUAGUAGGCUUUAGUUUUAUAUAACAAACAUAAAUGCUAAUGUUAUUGACAGGCUUAUAGAAAGCAUGGGUUCGUUUCAUUUAGCUAA